AUGUCCAUGGACGUCCGUUGUCGGUCAGUGCUCAGUGGGUGAGAAUGCUUGUUACAGUAAAUGGAAAGAGGGUAGGUGUUAGGUGUCAGUAAGAGCCGGGAGAGGUGACAUUAACUGGAGAGAGAGAGAGAGGGGGUGGCAGGUAGCCUAGCGGUUAAGAGCGUUGGGCCAACCGAAAAGUUACUGGCCCACAAAUGUCAUACCCCCACAAAAAUGCUAACCUCCCCUGUAAUUGUAAUGGUGAGAGGUUAGCAUGUCUUGGGUGUAUGAUAUUUGUGCAACUGAACUUUCUCACUCAUCAUUAUUCAUGAUUCAUUCAGGACUAUCCAUAAUAAUGGUAGGAUCCACAUUAAUGUAGAAGUGUUUAGAAAUAUUAUAUUCUUAUUUACAAUAAAAGUGACUCCAAAAUGACACAAUACAUUAUUUACCAUUAAUUUCUGUUGGGCACUAAAUAAUCUGAAACACAACCAAAACAAACAGCAAAUACAUCCAACAAGUUUGUAGAGUCACAAGCUUGAUGUAAUCAUUGCUUGCUAGGAAUAUGGAACCAAAUACUAAACUUUUGACUACUUUAAUACACAUAAGUGAAUUUGUCCAAAUACUUUUGGUCCCGUAAAAUGUGGGGACUCUGUACAAAAAAUUUCUAAACGGUUCACCCGAUAUGGUUGAAAAUACCCUCAAAUUAAAGCUGACAGUUUUCACAUUGUAUCAUUUCAAAUCCAAAGUGCUGGAGUACAGAGACAAAACAACAAAACAUUUGUCACUGUCCCAAAACUUUUGGAGCUCACUGUAUGUGGGUUUUUGGUGACGGAAUUACAAGGCACAAUGUUAUGUUUUUUAAACUUAUAGAAGGCAAAUAAUUUCUCCAAAACUAAAUAUAAGUGUUGAUAUUAGUUGGCUGGGGUCUUUACUUUGUGAUGGAGUGAGAGGGUGGGUGUGUGAAGGCCGGUAUAUUCCUGCUUGUUGGCUACAUCUGCUGGCCAGGAGAGAGGGUGACCCGGAAGGGUAAGAUCCUAAUUACACACACCUGAAUAUAAUUAGCUUGGAGGUUGGGUGGUGGCUGUUUUAACCUGGCUUUGGCCAGAUCUGUUUUGGUCUAGAGCAGCAAGAGCUGACAUGCAGAGCCCUCCAACGUUGGGAGGGAUAUCGAACCCAACGGGACAGGAACCUACCGAAUGUAACUUGGCUGUAGACCUGACCCCAGUAAGGACAAGCUUGUUGGAUUUCUGUUUUCUUUUGUUGGAUAUGCUGGUAAACAGCUUAGAUGUCCGGUAGCAGAGAAGGACCGGAAGACCCAUGUAGAAAGGCUCAAAGAUGAGCUAGGGUUUGGUUUUAUUGCUACCCAGCGCUGUGGCACAUUGUUUCUUUCUCUGGAGAAAGGUCCAUUUUGGUCUACGCUUGUGUUACUUCACACUCUCGUCACUUGUUGGCCAGCCUGCCCCCCACCUAAUUUCUGGGAUGGAAAAUAGUUGAAUAAUUAAUAGAUGCCUUAAUUUUCAAAAAAAUAUAGAUUCUUAACUUUCAUUUGACACCCAAUUUGACAUGCUCAUACAAAACAUAUACUGUGCACACAGAACAAAAAUAUAAACGCAACAUGUGAAGUGCUGGUCCUAUGUUUCAUGAGCUGAAAUAAAAUACCCCAGAAAUGUUCCAUACUCACGAAAAGCUUAUUUCUCUCAAAUUUUGUGCACAAAUUGGUUUACAUCCAUGUUAGUGAGCAUUUUAUUCUUUACAAUCCAUCCACCUGACAGGUGUGGAAUAUCAAGAAGCUAAUUAAACAGCAUGAUAAUUACACAGGUGCACCUUGUGCUGGGGACAAUAAAAGGCCACUCUAAAAUGUGCAGUUUUGGCACACAACACAAUACCACAGAUGUCUCAAGUUUUGAGGGAGCGUGCAAUUAGCAUGCUGACUGUAGGAAUGUCCACCAGAGCUGUUGCCAGAGAAUUGAAUGUUAAUCCAUAAGCCAUGCUUUUGAGUAUUUCUGUCUGUAAUAAAGUCCUAUUGUGGGGGAACACUCAUUCUGAUUGGCUGGGCCUGGCUCCCCAGUGAGUGGGCCAGGCUACCAGGCCCACCCAUGGCUGCGCCCCUGCCCAGUCAUGUCAAAUCCAUAGCUUAAAGCCUAAUUUAUUUAUUUAAAUUGACUGAUUUCCUUAUAUGAACUGUAACUCAGCAAAAUCUUUCUAACUAUUUCAUGUUGCGUUUAUAUUUUUAUUCAGUAUACAUUCCAUAAAAAAACACACAACUUAGGAAUGUUCAGAAAAUGUUCCAAGAAUGUUAUUUAAAAACAUAUAUACUGUACAUUCCAUUCUCAACGCCAACAGAACUCUCUCUAUCCUCUAUCUUGUUAAGUGUGUUCAGGUGUGUUGGCCGCACCCACUAAUUGGCCACAUAUGAUCUUAAUGAGUGCUUGUUUCCUUUGAAAUGGGGUCUGUUUGAAUAGACUAUAAUGAACCGUUUUGUAUGCGGAAAAAAACAUGGCAUGUUAGCUCCAUCCUGGUGGCGCAUUCCUAAUUCCAUGGAUAGAGAACAGAAGAUCAUAGGUUCAAAUCUCACUGAUGCCGUGUCACAAUAAAUAAAAAACUGUUUGCAUCAUCAGUGCCUAAGCAAAUUAAUUUCCAUGUGUCUUACUGUAUCUUACUAUAUCUGUGCUAUACAAGUUAACCCCAAAUAAGCUAGCAGUGUUAUUAAAAGUCUUAUUGAAACAUUCAAUAAGGCAGAAUUUUCACUUAUUUUCUCAGAAUGUUUAACAAACGUUCUGUUUUACCACUCAGGAAACAUAUGGCUUUGUUCCCACAACCAAUGUGAAACCAAAACAUACUUCCAAGGAACCAAAUGUGCUAGCUGGGGACCUUGUGCUAGCUGGGGACCUGGUUAAAGACAAAUUGGACACAAGGUCUUGGUAGAGAAUGUAUUCAUGGUCUUUUUCCCUUCCUUUCUCUCCAGUGGGGAGCGUUUGCCUGCGAUUGCUUAUUAUAGGACCUUCAGCAGCAUUGGCCCUCCAUGUGUUUUUCGUCUAUUCGUUGGUGUGCUGCUGUGUAUUUUUUAGCAGUCGUUCUGGGAGGUAUUGUUUUUGAAGAGCCCUGCACUGUUCAGGGUGGUUGAGAUGAGAGGAGUGUUUUUGGUCAUGAAUUCUAACUACUCUCUUCUGUCUCUCUCUCCCUCUUUGUCUGUCUCUCUUUCACUUCUCUCUCUCUCUCUGUCUCUGUGUCUCUCUCUGUCUCUGUGUCUCUCUCUCUCAUCUAGACAUGGAACACGGUGUGCUGGGGAGGUUGCUGCGGCCGCCAACAACGAUGUAUGUGGGGUGGGCAUGGCAUACAACACCAAAAUUGGAGGUGAGUGAGGCAUGCUGGGAUUGAAGGAGGCUCUGCCCAUGGCAAACAAUGAUUGGUUCCGUAGAACAUUACUUGCUACCCGCCACUUCUGAAUAUUUACCAACUUUUGUCUCUAAUCUUUCGUCAAAGACAAGGACUCUAAUCAGUCUAAUGGGCUAUUUCAAGCCAUUGUCUGGCCUGAGCAUUCUGUCAAAGACAAGUAGCCAGCCAACAAGACUCAGUGGAGCCCUGAGAGCAGUCCCCUCCACAGAUGUUAGCCAUAACUCUCCUACUCCUCCUAGUCUUCAUUAGCAUGCAUCUCCUGCUCUAGCAGCUCAUUGGCUCCUGCUCCACACAUACAUUAUUCCUCUGACAAUCUGCCCAUGUCCCAGGGUUACACAAUUGUUUAUAAACAACACAGUUUGCUGUGUGCCUCAUUCCCCAUCGGGUGUGUGUGUGUCUCCACGCACACACAAACACACACACACACACACACUCACUCAUCUCCCACGGCUCACAGCUUUUAGAUAGCGUGUGUCUGCAGGCACUGGUUGUCUAGACUAGAGUGUGUAUUUGAAGUCUUUAUGUGGUUUAUCAUCAGUGUCAGUGAUGCAGCAGAUAACCUGGGGUUAGCUAGUCAGGUACAGUAGUAGGCUUAUUUGACGAUGGCUCAUUUCAUGCGUUCUGCUCCCAUUACUGUUCAGAGCACUGUUCCGAGGCGGCCCACAUCAAAGCUACAGACAGGCCCUGUUCCGGUACUAUGAUGAAAGAUGGGCCGGUUUGUUUCUCUCAGGUCACAGACGCUUUUGGAGGCACCGUAAACUCUCCCGCACUCAUUCGUCAGAAGGAAUGUUGUGUUGUUUUUGCGUUGUUUGUGAGUUGUCUGUCUGUCUUACCGGGUUGUUUAAUGAAGGAGAAGGUCUUGACUCUUGUUUUAAUGGCCAAAGUGUGUGUGCGUGCGUGUGACUGUGUGCGUGACUGUGUGCGUGACUAUGUGCGUGUGGGUCUGAGAGUACAAUUGGUCAUCACGUCUGACACUGUGACAGGCUCAUAAGCCCUUUGUCUCCCCAGUCAGACUGUGUUUGUCAGUAUGAAAGCCAGUCACACAAGGCUUUUUUUCCCAACUGCAUCAUGUUUAUAACACCUAGGGAGUGAAUGUUAUUUACAAUAAGGGUUACAUGGAGAAAAUCUGACCUCUCUGAAAUGAAAAUGGAUGGCAAAAUAUAUUUUUACCUAAACCCUCCCUGAACACUUGAAAACAAACAAGUGACACUCCCCUAUACCCAAAAUUAAAACAAAGUGGAUAGCAGUUUACCCUCACUUCUUGGACAGACCAGAGCCUUAGAUAUGCAGUUUUAGAAACUGUUCUUCAUCCUGUAAGCAUUACAUGGCAACGCAGGAAUUUUGAUAGCACACAGGGCUGCGGGCCAGAAGGUUCUGGGUUCGCAGACCACCAUGGACAAGAGUCGGGGUGGAAAGAUCUCCUAUAUAGUAAAAGCAUUACAUUCAUCUAUCAUGGUAUUUGCAGGUCUGAGAAAAAAAUUGCCUUUUAUAACCAUUUCAUGCAAUUCUACGUAAUUGUACAUAUUAGUGGAAUCUUUUUUUAGUAUCACACAAAUUACCGAAAUUACAGGCUAAGAAUGGACAGUGAGAUAUCAUAAGAUGAACACAUAGGCCUAUUUCUCCAAUGCCAAAUCAGUGUGUCUUGUUUGCAACAAACUGUCCCUGUUUGCAAAUAAUUAAAUAUGAGACGUCAUAAGGAAUCUGAGCAUGGUACUUUCAAAAGUUAGGCUUACCUUUCCACCCCUGACAGAGUAGGCCACAUUUACGCUUUAACUGCUGGCCACUCUUCUUCCGUGGCUUAACCCAAUGAGAGAAAGUCACAAGUGUUUCCCUAAAAGCUGUCUGGGUUUAAAUGUCUUCUAUUUUUACAGAAAGUGAAUAGCUUAAUCAAUUGAUAGUGACAUAAUUAGAUUACUUCCCAAGCAAAGUCAGCCUCUGAAUGUUAUAGAAACUAAACAAUGAUAUACCCAUAUGCAUUGGAGUCACGUCUUUCCUGGGUAUUUUACAGCUUGUUUCUAGCAUAAAGCGUCGCGGACCAAAGCGCUGUUAUAGAUCACUUUAUAUCAUCAGAUUUGUUUAAUUUUCUUCAAAAUCUUAGCUAACAAGGGGUAGGCCUGUGCUUUUUGCCAUUUUCUUUAAUAAAAGGUAGGCCUAUGGCAUACCCUCUCAUACCCCCUCAAUUCGAGUCCUGGUUUUAACUUAACAGCCCUUCACUGACACGGAGGUAGGCUAUUUAAAGAGUGCAUGGUGGGUGGAGGAAUUGGCCGAAAGAUCAAUGGAUAUAGCAGCCUAUAGCCUAAUUUCGUCUGUCAAACAGGUAGGUCUACCUCUUAUUUCUUAAAUAGGAAGAAAUAGUCUCCAUGACAAAGCCCUCUUGUUGUUAGUGAAGUCUAACAAAAAUGAAGACGUUGAAAUGAAUUAUGCCUACUCUAAUUUGCCUACUUUCAGCACCAUGAGCUGUCCAUUUCCGAUUGAUUGUGCAGCGGCUGCUGCUUCAAGUUUCAGCACCACAAUGUAAGUUACUCGAAUCUGGCUUAUUGCGAGGUCAAUAACUGCGAUAAAUACAUCAUGUGCAAGAAUUAUAUUGUUUUAAAUAAAAAUCUAUGAUAUGGUCCCCCCUUUUCUGCUAUAACAGCCUCCACUCUUCUGGGAAGGCUUUCCACUAGAUGUUGGAACAUUGCUGCGGGGACUUGCUUCCAUUCAGCCACGAGCAUUAGUGAGGUCGGGCACUGAUGUUGGGCGAUUAGGCCUGACUCACAGUCGGCGUUCCAAUUCAUCCCAAAGGUGUUCGAUGGGGUUGAGGCCAGUCAAGUUUUUCCACAAACCAUUUCUGUAUGGACCUCACUUUGUGCAUGAGACCUCACUUUGUGCACGGGGGCAUUGUCAUGCUGAAACAGGAAAGAGCCUUCCCCAAACUGUUGCCACAAAAUUGGAAGCACAGAAUUGUCUACAAUGUCAUUGUAUGCUGUAGCGUUAAGAUUUCCCUUCAAUGGAACUAAGGGGCCUAGCACAAACCAUGAAAAACAGCCCUAGACCAUUAUUCCCCCUCCACCAAACUUUACAGUUGGCACUAUGCAUUGGGGCAGGUAUCGUUCUCCUGGCAUCCGCCAAACCCAGAUUUGUCCGUCGGACUGCCAGAUGGUGAAGCGUGAUUCAACACUCCAGAGAACGCGUUUCCACUGCUCCAGAGUCCAAUGGCAGCGAGCUUUACACCUCUCCAGCCGACAAUUGGCAUUGCGCAUGGUGAUCUUAGGCUUGUGUGCGGCUGCUCGGCAUGGAAACCCAUUUCAUGAAGCUCCCGACGAACAGUUAUUGUGCUGACGUUGCUUCUAGAGGCAGUUUGGAACUCGGUAGUGAGUGUUGCAACCAAGGACAGACGAUUUUUUACGCGCUAUGUGCUUCAGCACUCAGUGGUCCUGUUCUGUGAGCUUGUGUGGCCUACCAUUUUGCGGCUGAGCCAUUGUUGCUCGUAGACGUUUCCACUUCACAAUAACAGCACUUACAGUUGACCGGGGCAGCUCUAGCAGGGCCGAAAUUUGACAAACUGACUUGUUGGAAAGGUGGCAUCCUGUGACGGUGCCACAUUGAAAGUCACUGAGCUCUUCAGUAAGGCCAUUCUACUGCCAAUGUUUGUCUAUGGAGAUUGCAUGGCUGUGUGCUCGAUUUUAUACACCUGUCAGCAAUGGGUGUGGCUGAAAUGGCCAAAUCCACUAAUUUGAAGGGAUGUCCACAUACUUUUGUAUAUAUAGUGUAUCAAAGUUGGCCUCCGGUCCUCCUUCUCAUCUUCGCGCUCUCCUUCUCAAACUGAACAGAACAUAGCCUAUAGGCAAGUCUGUGCUCAAGAUUUUGGACUAGGCGUAAUCAAACAUCAUUUUUGGAAGAAGCCUUUGACUCUCCUCCUGAACUGCCACCGUAGCCCUACACAGCACAGCCAUUGGUUAAGCAGCACACAAAAACGUUUUUGAUCAGCAAGAGCAGAGGAGGCCGGGGCUCAGGGUUGGAAUAUCCAUUGCGGUGUGUAAUGCAGCCUAGUUUUAUUUACACCAUCCCAGCAGCUAUCUUAGAAAUAUAACUUUGCUCUGUGCUUCUCUGAGCAUGCACUUCGUAGCCUAUAGCCAAUAGCCUAUGGAUCAUUUGAUUGAGACCACACUAAAUAGCCUAUAGGCUCACUUGAUAUUGUGCGCCCAGUGGAGAGUCAGAGAUGAGGGGAUCGAUAUAUAGCCUAAUAAACAACUAAUUCUAAAACACUGAAAAAUAUUGAAAUUUCAUCCAUUACAAAUUACAUGACCCUCUCCUGGACUAGAUUUAGAAAAUACUAAACCCUCCCCUUGACUGAAAUUGAAAAAUCAUAACCCUCCCACAUCGUAACCGUUCUGUACAUUUUGAUCCGUUCCCUACCACUUCUCCUCUCGUGCUGUCUCUGUCAACAAUGUUCCUCUCAUUCUGUUUCUCAUCUGUCACCUUCUCUCUUUCUCCCUUUCUGUCUCACCCUGCCUGUAUUAUCUAGUUUAUUUCACCUUUGAUUUCACCCCCCCUCUCUCUCCAUCUGUGUACUGACCUUGCCUGUGUGUGUGUGUGUGUUCAGGUGUGCGUAUGCUGGACGGGGAGGUGACAGACAUGGUGGAGGCACACUCCCUCAGCCUGAACUCACAGCACAUCCACAUCUACAGCGCCAGCUGGGGCCCAGAGGAUGACGGGAAGACAGUAGACGGCCCCGCCAAGCUGGCCAAGGAGGCCUUCCUCCGAGGAGUCACUGAGGUCAGUCAUUACUGGAGCACACAUAGUUCCUGAUACAUACCUACCAGAUGUUGUUUCAAAGACACACACAUAGGAAGGAUAGGAUAGGAUCAACUGUAUUGUCCCAGAGGGGAAACUAGUCUUGGACACACAGUACUGCUGUAUAAAAUUCUACGUUAUACACACAUACUCACAAAUUAUCUUAGAAGAUGAAUGGGUUUUCCAUGAUGAUAUCCAGUAUAAAGUGUUUCUAAAGUAAAACUAUGAGAAGUGUUGCAACCGCCAUACUUGAUCUAGAGGGUGUUCUGGCCUGGAGCACCAGCAGGAAUUACUGUCAUGUCACACCAGAACUGUAACUAUUCACCACUGUCUUAUUUGGCUUAGCAGAGAGCACGCUGUAGACCUGACAUGAUAGUUACACCUGGUACUCGGCCAGAACACCCGAUACAAUACCCAUGUCAUACACAUCUCAUAGGACCACAUACAAUCCCCUCGCCAAGUUUCUUCCCCUGCCCUCCGAGUCCGAGCAGACCCAUUGGGUUUGAUGGAGUGAGCCCCAGAUGGAUUGGACAAAUCAUCUGAGGUUAACGAGACCAUUCCCCAUGUGUCAGCAUGGGACAUUAACAGAAACCCAUUAAUACAAUGCUGGAAUGACAAAUGGGAGAGAAUAAAUGGGAGAGAAAUUGCUGACGCAGAGUCAGAUUUAGAUAUGAGGGGAAUAGAGCAGGGGUUCUCAAAGUGGGGUCCACGGCCAGAUCUCAAAAUAUAUAUAACAAAUCUUGAAUGAAAAUUACAAAAAACAACAGAUUAAACAAAUUUUGGCCAAGGGAUCCGUGGAAUAAGUUUAGAGGGUGUGAAACAAUACAAUGUAAUAUUAUUAAUCUACAAUUUAUGUUCUUGGGCAACAUGGGCAACAUGGGCCUGGGAUGCUCACAGGGAUAUUGGUAUUCACGGUAGUCCACCGAUUAUACAUUUUUCAACUCAAUACAUAUUGUUUUCCCUUUUUUUUUAAUGCACUGUAAUUUAAGCUUUAAAACUGCGAAGUUUUCUUUCUACCUCAUGGCAAAAUAUGUAGAAUUGCAGGAUAUUUAUUUUAAAGCUGCAACAUCCAAAAAUCUCUGCCCCAUGACAAAAUGUGUAGAAUUGCAGGAAAUUAGCUCGAAGAGGGCCUGAGACUUGGUUCGUCCGUCCAUGCACUUGCCAAUGUUAUAGUAGAACUCCUUGUAUGCUAUUUUUAUCUCACUCAAGUUGUGUUCUGAUUAUGAGGGGCUCCCUGAUGAAUUUGCUAUCACAAAAAGGGUCCCCGGUCCCAAAAGGUUUGAGAACCCCUGGAAUAGCAGAUAGCCAUCUUUGCAAAAAUGGGGGAGAAGGAGUUUUAAUGGAAGACAUAUGAUUCAUGUAACAUAAAUCUCAUAUCUAACACUCCCAGUAUAAUGGCAGGUUGACGUUUAUUGUCAUGAGUCUUAGAUAGGCCAACUGCAAAGCCUAAAGGUGCUAUAUUGUAAGAAUUAAUGAAAGAAGUGUGCUUUUUGUUGCUAAUUUAAGGUUAGGGUUAGACAUUAGGGAUAGCAGUGUGGUUAAGGUCAGGGUUAAGGUUAGGGUUAAGUUUAAAAUCAGAUUUUGACUUCGUGGCUGUGCCAGCUGGUGACCACUCUGCAGAGCUGCCUCCAGUACAAUCUGCAGGAUAAUAGAGCGAUGGAAAGAAAAUAAUUGCCUGCAGCAAAACAGGACAUUAUCAGUUUUACUGAAAAGAUUCCCGGAAAGAUUAGGAAUACCUGUUGAUUUGAUCCAUAAGAAAACAAGCAAUGCAUCAGUGGUGAGAAUAAAAUAGGGAUUGUGAGGGCUGUCGGCCUUUUAAAUGCCCAUCCCAGCAGUGAGCUGGAAGACAGCAGGAGAGUCCCAUGCUGGGACAAACCCUCCACAGGGGACAGGGAUUAGGAAAUAACAUUCUCACAGCACUUCUUUAAAUCCAUAAAGACUGUGGGUGCGUUCCCUCAGCAGUGUUGUGUGUGUGUGCUUGUGUGAGAUAUGAUUUGUUUUGUUCAUGUCGCUGGCACUCCCAUGCCCACCUCCACUGCUUCUCAUCUCAGUCUCAGCUGGAGUUGAGGCACAAUGCAGUGUGAGGUAGAAUGUGUGCCUAUCUAGCCCCUCCAUCCCUCCCUUCAUCUCUCUUUCUCUCCCCUGCUCUUUUAUGCAACAUCUUUCACAUUUUCAAUCAAUCCCUCUAUUUCUCCAUAUCUGUCCAACUGUGCCACUCUGCUCAUAUCCUUUUCAUUAUUGAAUAUUGUCUUUCUCCACCUCGUUUUCUUCCUCUUCUCUUCCUACUCUCACUAUCUCCUUUCUCUCUCCUCUCAUAUUUGGUUAUGAAAAGAAACAAACCUUCAAAGUGUAUCUUUAUAUGCUUACCGCCUGUUGUGAUGGAAUGGCCCAAUUAAUCGGUUUCAUUUAGUUGUGACUAAUGGCCUCCUUAUGGAGAUGAAAGAUGGAGAGGAGGUGGAUAUAAGUGUAUUCAGUAGAUAAUAUUAUACUGUAUCAUCAUGAUGCCGCUCCUCCUCCUCCCAGUACAAUGAUGCCCUCAUUUAUUGGUCUAAUAAAUCACAGUCAACUAACUGUGUACAUUCAGUAAUAAAGUGAUUCUUUUUUUUUACUGGCUUUUCCACAGCAGUAAAUAGCCUGCCAUUGUCUAUGAAUUACAGUGCAUUCGGAAAGUAUUCAGACACCUUGACCUUUUCCACAUUUUGUUAUGUUACAGCCUUAUUCAAAAAUUGAUUACAUUUUUUUCCCCUCAUCAAUCUAUGUAUUCAGACCCUUUGCUAUGAGACUCGAAAUUGAGCUCAGGUGCAUCCUCUUUCCAUUGAUCAUCCUUUAAAUGUUUCUACAACUUGAUUGGAGUCCACCUGUGGUAAGUUCAAUUGAUGGACAUUAUUUGGAAAGGCACACACCUGUCUAUAUAAGGUCCCACAGUUGACAGUGCAUGUCAGAGCAAAAACCAAGCCAUGAGGUCAAAAGAAUUGUCCAUAGAGCUCCGAGACAGGAUUGUGUCGAGGCACAGAUCUGGGGAAGGGUACCAAAACAUUUCUGCAGCAUUGAAGGUCCCCAAGAACACAGAGGCUUCCAUCAUUCUUAAAUGCUUGAAGUUUGGAACCACCAAGACUCUUCCUAGAGCUGGCCGCCCGGCCAAACUGAGCAAACGGGGGAGAAGGGCCUUGGUCAGGGAGGUGACCAAGAACCCUAUGGUCACUCUGAAUGAGCUCCAGAGUUCCUCUGUGGAGAUGGGAGAACCUUCCAGAAGGACAACCAUCUCUGCAGCACUCCACCAAUCAGGCAUUUAUGGUAGAGUGGCCAGAUGGAAGCCACUCCUCAGUAAAAGGCACAUGACAGCCCACAUUCUCUGGUCUGAUGAAACCAAGAUUGAACUCUUUGGCCUGAGUGCCAAGCGUCACGUCUGGAGGAAACCUGGCACCAUCCCUAUGGUGAAGCAUGGUGGUGGCAGCAUCAUGCUGUGGGGAUGUUUUUCAGCGGCAGGGACUUGGAGACUAGUCAGGAUUGAGGGAAAGAUGAACGGAGCAAAGUACAGAGAUUUUCCUUGAUGAAAACCUGCUCCAGAGUGCUCAGGACCUCAGACUGGGGCGAAGGUUCACCUUCCAACAGGACAACAACCCUAAGCACACAGCCAAGACAACGCAGGAGUGGCUUCGAGACAAGUCUCUGAAUGUCCUUGAGUGGCCCAGCCAGAGCCCGGACUUGAACCCGAUCGAACAUCUCUGGAGAGACCUGAAAAUAGCGGUGCAGCGACGCUCCCCAUCCAACCUGACAGAGCUUGAGAGGAUCUGCAGAGACAAAUGGGAGAAACUCCCCAAAUACAGGUGUGCCAAGCUUGUAGCGUCAUACCCAAGAAGACUCAAGGCUGUAAUCGCUGCCAAAGGUGCUUCAGCAAAGUACUGAGUAAAGGGUCUGAAUACUUAUGUAAAUGUAAUAUUUAAGUUUUUGCUUUGUCAUUAUGGGGUAUUGUAGAUUGAUUAAGGCUGUAAUGUAACAAAAUGUGGAAAAAGUCAAGGGGUCUGAAUACUUUCCGAAUGCACUGUAUGCCGGCAGCAGUACAGGUUUUGUUAGUAGAAAUACAACAACAUACAGUAUCAUAGGGAGUGAAGGGAUGUCAAGAUUUUUACGGGAUGGGGGAAAACAUCCUUGUCUGGUGCAAUAUUUCACACUAUCAGUCUCUCAACUGGAAACUCACACACAUACAGAUGCAUACACGCACACACACACCCACUCCAACUCUAUCCAUCUCUCCACAUACACACACUUGAACGAGUGGGUGUGCUAUCUAUGCCUGUGUGUACUGUAUGUCUGUCUAAAUAUGUGUAUGUGUGUUGUCUGUGUUUGUGUAUGUUCUAGAUGCCUGUGUGUCAUCCUUGCCUAUAUGUGUACAUUUCCAGGGCCGUGGUGGGCUGGGCUCCAUCUUUGUGUGGGCGUCGGGGAAUGGUGGUCGUGAGAAGGACAGCUGUAACUGUGACGGCUACACCAACAGCAUAUACACCCUGUCCAUCAGCAGCACCACACAGUAUGGCAUGGUACCCUGGUACAGCGAGGCCUGCUCCUCCACCCUCGCCACCACCUUCAGCUCUGGGAACCCCAACGAGAAACAGAUAGUGAGUAAUAAUAAUAAUAAUAAUAAUAAUUUGGUGGGUGCUUAAAUUUGUCCAUUGGAAAUGUGUUUUUUGCAUAUCCCAACUCCCCCUGAGACACCCCGAUAUAUAUAUAUAUAUAUAUAUAUACACACACACACACACACACACACACACACACACACACACAGACCUACCUUCACCUUCACCAUGUUCUUCAGCUUUGGCAGCCCCAACAAGAAACAGAUAGUGAGUACCACUGAUACACAUACACACUCCCACCUUCACACCUACACUCGCCAAAUAUUUUCCACUCCGGAAACCCCAAUGAGAAACAGAUCGUGAGGCAUCAUUAGCAAUCCCUCGAGGUCCAGGAUGAUCUCUUUAUCACACACAACAAAGCACAAAAGCACAACAUAAAACAGUCUCAUAAUAAUUAGGAAUAAUGAUCCACCCACAGUAACGGCAACCUUAACCAGAAACCUUUAGCAAGUACCUCUGAUACGCAAACACACAUACACACACACACACACCUCUAGCAUCGCUAAAACCCACAUCAGAGGAAACCUCAUAGAAACAGAUUGACACUGUUACACAAACACACUCAUACCUACAGCAGAGUAAACCUCCACAUGAAACAGUGAUUCAUACCAAACUAAUGGCCUAAACUCACCAAAGAGAGCGUGUGUGUGAUUUAUUUUAGAAUGCAUUGUUUUGAAUUAUAAUGACCCAACCGAAGCAGGGCGGGCGGGUUGUCCACUUUGACGCCUCGCUCAAUUAGAACGUCUCUAUUUUUGCGUUUUAUCGCUGCCGUUGUAGUCACACAAAACAAUAGAAAUCAUGUUAUCAUCAUUCACUUUCUUUCGAGCUCAUUUGAAUUGGAAGAGGUAGCUAAGGGUUGAGGCUUUAUCAUACAUGCUAAAUUAGACCAAUUCAUCCACUUAUCAAAUCAAAUGUUAUUGGUCACAUACACAUAUUUAGCAGAUGUUAUUGCGGAUGUAGCGAAAUGCUUAUGGAAACACAACAUCACUAUCAGCAAAGAUGAUUGGAGAUAUGGACUAUCCUGCUAGCAUACAAUCACUGCUCUGCCUGUCCCGUCCUUUCCACCCGCCUCGCUCUGCUUUCUCCGCCCACCGGCUUCUGGUGAGUUUUUAGCUUAAUUGUGACUAAUAUACUGACCAACAGUCCAAGAAACACCAUACUUCCUCUAAGCUGUUUGUCAAUAUAGGGACCACAACUAACAUAAACACUCCUGCAACUCAACGCUUUCUCCGCUUUCCUCCCAAACACACCAGAAGGCUGCUGCAGGUGAACAAACAUACACCUCUCAGUCUGGCUGUGUCACUGUGUCACUCUGAGGUGAUUAACUCUGCCUCUGACAAGUGGCACAACACUCUAGACUACACCUCUGCUCUGCCCCCCUUUUUCUCCUCUCUUCCAACCUUUUCAUCCCUCCUAGGCCUACCUGGUCUCAAAGCAUUUCAUAUUAUUCUGUACGUAAAUCCGGGAAACUCCAUUUAGUAUGAUAUGUUACGUUUCGUAUGGUUACGUAAGACAGAUGGUUACUUAAGCUUAAGGCAAAAAUGAAAGUAGGGUGGUUGGGAGGGUGUAUAAAGCAAACGUCUAGCAACCAUGGUUGGUCGGGGUGGACAGGUGGGUGUAUAAAGCGAACAUCUAGCGAAACGUGAUGUUCGAAUCUCAUCACGCAUAACUUUAGCGUUACUACUUUUUAGCUACUUUGCAACAACUAUUUUUUCUUCAUAUGUUUCAAUUUUUUGUUUUUAUUUUAUGUUUUUGUUGUUUUUUACUAACCCAUCCCCCCCUCUUCGGAGGACACAUCUUUUUUGUUUUUUAGAGCUUUUCUGCUACAUAUACAUACAUUUAACACAUACAUUUUACAUACACAGUAUACAUACAUGGUACUUUUAUAUACAGCAAUCACAUAACAAUAAUACAUUACUGAACAUCAGCUCUUUAAUCCCAUCCCUCAGCCCCUCUCAGCCCAUCCCACCUAUCAACAUAGUUUUGUUUCCAUGUGCCAUAUAUUUUUCAAUUGUGCUGUGAUGUUUUACAUACAUUUUGAACCUUUCUAAUCGUAUAGUAUCCACAGAUUGUGAGCUAAAGAUGAAAACCUUUCCUACGAGUAUUAUUAUAUUAUUUAUUGACUGACUAUGGCUUUCCAAAUCCCCCAACACUACUAUUUGUAAGGUUAAUUUUAAGUGAAUGUUGUGAUUUUUUUUUAACCAUUCCUGAACCUGUGACCAGAAACAAGCUACAUAGGGGCAAUACCAGAAUAAAUGAUCUAGUGAUUCUGUCUCUUCGCAGCAAAAUCUACAGAGCUGAGAUUGUUGUAUGCCCCAUAUAUAUAUAGCAUUCUGUUGGUGGCAAGAAUUUUGUAUAAUAAUUUAAAGUGAAAAACUCAAGUGUUGAAUCAAGUGUUGUUUUUUGUACCAGUUCAUAAACCAUGUGCCAUGGAAUCGGUACAUCGAAAAUCUCUUCCCAUUUAUUUUGCAACCUGUAUGGCGCAGCUGUUAACAUUUUUGUCCUAAAAUUAAACUGGAAUAUUUUUAUAUUUAUGCCAAUUCUUUUCAGCCAAUUUGUAUCUUCAUAUAUGGCAGACAAGUUCCCUACCUUCUCCCUCUUCCACUUGCCUCGUCCAUUUUUGUGGUAAUGCUGCAAUCAGUUGGUUAUAAGUUUGGAUUGAGCAGACAUUCCCAUAUAUUUCCGAUAGCUGCAUACGUGACAAAACUAUUUUUGAACUUUCUGUUCAUAAUUUUAUUAAUAAAUCUAAUAACAUUUUCACACAAAAAAUCCAUAAAGAAUGUUUUUUUAUUAAUCAGUAUAUUUGAGUUUAACCAUAAUAUUUGUUGUAAUAUUUGUUCUAUCUUUUCUGGAGGAUAAAACUGAAAUUGUAACCAGCUUUGUAUGGCUUGUUUAAGAAAGGGCGAUACUUUAAACAACAUUUCAUUUUCAAUUAGUCGGAAAUGAGAAGUUGUCAUCUGUAUAAAGGCAAAAAAGGCCAGUUUUGAACAAAGGAUGAGCCUUUUUUAAUAAUCUACUGUAGAACCAUUUUGGGUUUAAGUAUAACUUAUAUAUGAGUGAAGCUUUUAGUGAGAGGUUUAAAGCUUUAAUAUUUAAUCAUUUUAGCCCCCCAAACUCAUAUUCAUUAUAUAAAUGGGCACGUUUAAUUUUGUCUGGCUUAGCAUUCCAAAUAAAAUGAAAUAUUUUUUGCUUAUGAUUUUUUUUAAAGAGUUGUCUGGAGUAGGCAGCGCCAUUAGUAAGUAAGUAAACUGUGAUAGGACCAAAGAGUUAAUCAAUGUAUUUACCUCUUCAUGGUUGCAGAAUCUUAUCUAUUUUUGCAAACUUUCUAUUAAAAUUGAUUGUGGUAAGUUAAUUUAUAUUUUUUUAAAUAUGAAGACCAAGUAUGUCUACUUCAUCAUCCGCCCAUUUUAUUGGUAAACUACAAGGUAGUGUAAACACUGUCUUUUAACGAUCCAAUACGUAAAAUGGUACACUUGUCAUAAAUAGGUUUUAGUCCAGAGAGGCUAGAAAAGUUAUCAAAUCUUCAAUGAGACUGUGCAGGGAUCCAGAUUGUGGACUUAAGAGAACUUGAGUCAUUGUCAUACAUUGACACUUUUGUUUUUACCACCUGGAUUUCUAACCCCUUGAUCUUGUUGGAUCUAAUUUUAAUAGCUAGCAUUUCAAUGUUUUACUCCUCUUAAAUGCUCAAUACUUUCUGAGAAGUAACCAUUAUUUACUAUUUUACACCUGGGGUUGCUGUACAUAACUUUAACCAAUUGUAUAAGAGAUUCACCAAAAUGAAAGGAAUCCAGGCAUUUAUAAAUAAAUUCUAGACUUACUUUAUCAAACGCCUUUUCAAAAUCUGCUAUGAAGUCCAGGCCUGGUAUCUUUGAUGUUUCAACUACUUAGCAUGUUAGCUAAACCCUUCCCCUAACCUUAAUCCUUUUAGCUAACCCUUCACCUAACCCUAACCUUAACCCUUUUAGCUAACCUUAACCCUAACCCUUUGACCUAACUCGUAAUUCAACUCCUAAAGCUAUAAUUCAUAACAUAUCAUAUGUUUUGCAAAUUCGUAACAUAUAAUACGAAUUGUAAUAUAUCAUACGAAAUGGGUGAUGGACAUCCACAAAUUAAUACAUACCAUACGAAACGUAACACAGAAUACUAAAUGGAGUGUUUCAGAUUUACGUACAGAAUAAUACGAAAUGCUCUGAGACCAGAUUGCCUAGGCCAGGGGUGUCAAACUCAUUUUAGCUCAGGGGCCACAUGGAGGAAAAUCUAUUCCCAAGUGGGCCGGACCGGAAAAAUCAUGGUAUAUAUAACUUAAAAACAACAACUUCAGAUUGUUUUCUUUGUUUUAAUACGAUCAACAUACAACAUAAAGCUGGAGCCUGAGGACAGUGUGUCCAAAAUAGUACAAGCACAACAUCACUAUUAAUCAUAAAACACGUCAAGUUUAUUUGAAAAUUCUAAAGAAAAAGAACACACAAACACACAAUGCCUCAGUGAUUAACAGAACUGUUUCACAGAUCACAGAACUAUAUCAGGGUGUCAUUUCUCAGGCAGAAAUGUAGAUAAAAAUAAUGAAAUCCUGUUCCCCAAACAAGUGCAAGAACCACAGAGUCAAGAAUAGGUUAAAUAUACAAAUAAAAUAAAAACAAUUAAAAACAAUAGCACAUCAACAUAAAAACAUAUAAACAUAAAGCUGGAGCCUGAUGACAGUGUCCAAAAGCACAACAUCACUAUUAAUCAUAAAACACCUCAAGUUAUUUGAAAGUUCUGAGGACAAAGAACACACAAACACACAAUGCCUCAGUGAUUAACAGAACUGUUUCACAGAUCACAGAACUAUAUCAGGGUGUCAUUUCUCAGGCAGAAAUGUAGAUAAAAAUAAUGAAAUCCUGUUCCCCAAACAAGUGCAAGAACCACAGAGUCAAGAAUAGGUUAAAUAUACAAUAAAUAAAAUCAAUUAAAAACAAUAGCACAUCAACAUAAAAACAUAAACAUAAAUCUGAAAGCGUUGCUCAAACUCCCGUAACAGUCCCGUUAUUUUAUCUUUGAACCGCUUCAUGUCUGCCACAUGUUGGGUCGCGCACACAUUUUUCAGACAGGGGAAGUGAGCUGCAUCACCACCGGCAAGUUGCGUCUCCCACAAUGACAGCUUCAACUUGAAAGAACGUAUGCUGUCAUAAUACUGCGUGACAACUUUGUUGCGCCCUUGCAGCUGUUUGUUCAAGUUAUUCAGGUGCUCUGUAACAUCCACCAUAAAUGCAAGGUCCUGCAUCCAUUCUGCGGAAUGAAAUUCUAACACUGGUUUGCCCUUUUCUUCCAUGAACUGUUCAAUUUCUUCUCGUAAAUCAAAGAAACGCCUCAGCACAGCACCUCGGCUUAACCAUCUUACCUCAGUGUGGUAUGGCAGGCCAUAGAUGUGGUCUUUCUCUCUGAGAAGGCUGUCAAACUGACGGUGAUUCAGGCUUCUGGAUCGGAUGAAAUUAACAGUUUGGAUGACCACCUUCAUGACGUUAUCCAUCUUUAAUGACUUGCAACACAAAGCCUCCUGGUGCAAAAUACAGUGAAAAGUCAAAAAAUCACGUCCUCCAUUUGCAGAUUGCACUUUCUCUCUGAACUUUGUCACAACGCCUGCUUUUUUCCCGAUCAUUGAGGGCGCACCAUCUGUAGCCAGGCUGACAGCGCGGGACCAGUCCACUCCGACCCUGUCCAGCGCGCCGACGAGUGCGGUAAAAAUAUCAGCUGCUGUCGUUGUAUCUGUCAUCGGCACCAACUCCACGAACUCCUCGGUGACGGUCAAUGUGUCAUCAACUCCGCGGAUGAAAAUGGCCAGUUGUGCAACAUCUGUAAUGUCCGUGCUUUCAUCAAUUGCAACCGAAAACGCAAUAAAUGACUUUACUUUUUGCUUCAACUGGCUGUCCAAAUCCACUGAAAGAUCGGAAAUCCUGUCUGCAACUGUGUUUCUUGUCAGGCUGAUAUUUGCAAAAGCCUGCCGCUUUUCAGGGCACACAAUCUCCGCUGCCUUCAUCAUGCAUGUUUUUACAAAUUCACCCUCACUAAAUGGUUUUGAAGCCACUGCGAUUUCAUUAGCAAUGAGGUAGCUAGCUUUCACUGCAGCGUCACUGAUGUCUCGGCUGUGAGUAAACACAGACUGCUGUUUCUUCAGACCCGCCAACAGUUCAUUCACCUUCUCUCAUCUCCGCUGUCCUUGAAAGUUGUCAUAUUUGUCGGCAUGAAGACUCACAUAGUGGCGACGAAGGUUAUAUUCUUUCAGCACUGCAAAAUGCUCUGAACACACCAAACAUACAGCUUUCCCAUUCAAUUCCGUGAAUAAAUAGGAUGACCAUUUUUCUUGGAACACUCUGUACUCUGCGUCCACUUUUCUCUUUUUUGACAGAGACAUAUUGGGGCAAUGAGGGUGCCAAAGCACAAAAUGUUAAAAGUAGAAGCCGUAAUAAAUAUCGCGGGCAAAACAAAGUAGCUCAUUGGCUGCACGUGCUUGACCUACUUGCUCUGCCCCGGUAUAAACAGUUUGCUUGCUUAACACAAUUGAUAUUGCGCCAUCCAGUGGACGCAAUUGGAACAGCCGUUUAUUUUAUUGAAAAAUUGCAGCGCAUUUUUAUACUUUACAAAAUAAAAAAAAAAUAAAAAUUAUUUACUUGAGAUCCACAUACUCAAACUUCUUUUGCAUAGAUAAAUAAUGCAUUUACAUGAGUUGUUCCACUUGCAUGCAAAUCAGCUAGUUUCUGUAGGAUCUCUAAUGACUGAUGUUGUUUCCUCUCAUCUCUCUCUCUUCUCCUAGGUGACUACAGACCUGAGACAGAAGUGUACAGACUCCCACACGGGGACGUCAGCCUCAGCCCCACUCGCUGCUGGGAUCAUCGCUCUGGCUUUGGAGGCCAAGUGA